AUGAUCGCUUCCUUUGGAGCUUUGUUAGAGUACCGAGUCGCGUACACCGGGUUACGCGCGACCGUGACCUUGGUGUAUGGCGACUCGGGGGACACAGUCGAUCCCAAGACUCUUCGUGGAGGCCACCUCAACGCAGAUUGGAGACCCGUGGAGGACGGCAGCGAGUACGAGCUACACAACAAGCUGUUUGGCAAUCAACACACCGUAGUGACGCACAAGAGGCAGCAGACCUUCAGACAGGCCAUACUUUACCCAAAGUUGGACAACCGGAACCUGCACAGGAUGAUUCAGGUGGUGUGCGGCCCCGCCGACGGAACUGUAGACGUGCUCUCAUCAAUCGCCAACAUCUUCUGCCGAACCUCUGGGAGUCUACAAGCUCGCCAACAUAGUCAACCUUACCUAGGACAGAUGGCAGAACAGAUGCAGCACAACCACGCGGCGGUGCCAUUCAUUAAGCAAGUAGACGCAUUCAAGGCAACAGAAUGUGCCAUGAAGUUUGAUGACAUUCUUCGACAUAUUGGCGAGUUUGGGCCGUACCAAAGGCGAAUUUGCCUGUUCGUGCUGAUUCCUCUGGUGACACUGGGAAUCGACUCCAUGAGCGUUAUCUUCGCUCUCGCAACACCCGAAUACAGGUGUUCGAUACCAAACUUGCCGAACGAUACAUUCAGAAGUCAGGAACAAUGGCACAACAAUCUAGUGAAUAUGUCCAUGCCUAUUGAGGACGGAAAGCCAUCCAUGUGUCACAAGUUCACCAAUGACAGUGGCGACGAGUCUGGGCGUAACAGGUCAAUAUCGAAAUGCACCUCCUGGGUUUUCGAUCACAGUGUGUACGAAGUGGCCGGUGGAGAAGAGUUUUCGUUGGUAUGUGAUCGAAUAUAUCUUCGUUCUCUGAGUAAUUCUAUCAGCUACAGUGGAACUUUAAUGGUAUUUUUGUUUGGAGUGAUCUCCGAUAUGAUAGGUCGUCGGCGCUGUUUCUUUAUAGUUGUUUUGUUGUGCGCAUGCACGGGUUUCGGCAAGGCGUUUUGCAGCUUUGUUGAGUGUUACACAGCUCUUCGGUUCGUGAACUCGGCAUCACGGUCUGGACUCUAUAUGACUGGGUUUGUCAUCUGUAUGGAGCUUGCUGGACCGUCAAAACGAAUUAUUGUCGGCAUGGCAGGAUACUUUGCUUGGGCUAUUGGCUUGCUGAUCCUCGGAGGUCUGGCUUAUGUCCUGAGGAACUGGCAUUACAUACAGCUGUGCCCAGCCAUUGUGAACGUUCUUUACCUCGGAAUGUGGUGCCCGGGUACUCUACCGUUCGAGAGCUAG